CGCGAGCGGCUCGAGGGGGAAGUCAAGCAAUACGAAAUCAAAGUGCUGAACAUGCGCCAGGCGAUGGACGAGCUGCAAACGUCUGAAAACGAUCUCCAACUUGCGAAGCGCCGCGUCGAGCGCGAGGCGGCGGACUUCAAGCAGAAGGCACUUAACCUCGAGCGCGAAGUUGAACGUCUGCGAAGCCGUCUCGACCGCCCCUCUUCCGUCGUCGCGGGCUCGCCCGCCAGCUCGCCGCGCAAA